AUUAGUAACUCCCCAUGCACAUAUCAAUCUAGCACCACCACAUCCCCCUCCAUCGCCCCCUACAUCCGCCGCUCUUCAUUCCCUAAUGGAGGAGCGGCUUCCACCGUCCAACGACGCCAACACCAAUGCCGACACCGAUGCCAACAUCAACACCGACGCCCCUCCCAAGCUCCCGCUGCCCCUCCCGCCCGGCCGCGCCGCCCACGAGACCUACGUCGUCCAAAUCCCCCGCGACAACGUGUGCCGCGUCCCGCCGCCCGACCACGCUCGCAUCGUGGAGGAGCACACGCGCAAGGCCGCCGUUAAGAUGUCGCAGCCGCGGCGCCGCCGCUUCCGCUGCUCACUAGCCCUCCCCAUCUUCCUCAUCGUCAUCGUAGCCACGAUCGCCAUCCUCACCGCCCGCGCCACCAUCUUCCGCCCCAUCAAGCCGGCUUUCGCGGUGACCCGCAUCCGCGGCGAUAAUCUGGUGGCGCCGCCGUCACAAAAAUCAAACUCCACCCGCCGCGGGCCGGAGUUCAGGGUGGGGAUCCGGGCGGAUAAUCGAAACCCGUGGAUGUCGGUGAAUUACUGCGGCGGAGGGGCGGCGACGCUGGACUUCAAGGACAAGAGAAUCGGGCAGGGGAAGGUUCCGGCGACUAUCAGCGAGAACGAAGAGGGCAACGCCAACUUCGCGGUGGUGUUGGCCGGAAAAGGGGUGGCGGCCUUGCCGAAGGAUGUCAAGGAGAAGUUGACUGGUGAAGAGGUGAAAUUGAUGGAAUUGUCGAUGGAUUUGACGGUGGAGAUGAGGAGCUAUUUGAGAAACGAACAAUUGAAACUGCAAAUCUUCUGCGAUUUUAAGGUUCGAAAUUCUUUGGCUAAGAAUGCUAAAAUUAUAUUGCAGAAUUGUGCAACGCCUUUAUAGAGAUUGAACCGGAAAAAAGGUUUCGAUCGAUAAUCGGAAAUUAUAUAAGCGCAUGUCAUGUGUAUUCUUAUUAUGCUCCAUAUUCUCCGUUUCAAAUUCUACCCUUCCAUAUGUUUAUUUUUCGGUCGUAUAUCUAGUGUAUUUUGAUAACAUGAUAAAUGUACAUUUGACAUGUAUGUAUUUAUAUUAUUAGAAUAGAAGAUGAAAUAGUUGGAAACCGAUUAUGUUAGUGUUGUUAAUGUCCCAAAUUUUGAUGUCCUGUCCAUUUUUCUGGACUUUGAAUUUUGUAAAAGGCCAUAUAUGUCAUUUGAAUGAUAAUUACCAGCUAGAAUUUAUCAAGUA